ACACAGUUACACUUACUACUGAACAACCGUUCCGUUUAGUUCUCCUUAUCAAGGGCCCAGGCUCGCGGGCGAAUCAGGAACUUCCCCGAGUCGGCACGUGGAAAGAAUGGAAAACGAUGAGCUUCUAUUUGGCUUAGUAUCACUCACGGUGAUGAACCCAAGUCGAACCAUUAUCCACCUCCAUUCAUGUCUCUGAAGGUCAUUAUCAUCGGCGCAGGACCUGCAGGCUUGGUUGCAUGCAAAUCUUUAUUGGAAUAUGCCUCUGAAGAAUAUCCUUUCGAUCCUAUCGUGCUUGAACAAGAAGAUGACAUUGGCGGUACAUUUCGGUACCGAUCUUACGAAAAUUCCCAUCUCGUCUCUUCAAAGCAAUUGACAUGCUUCUCCGACUUUCGUCUCCCAAUGUCCCACCCGGACCACAUGAGUCUAGAGAAUUAUGUAGACUAUCUUCGGGCAUAUGCACAACAUUUUCAGCUUACUGAAAGAAUCAAGCUCAAUUGCAAGGUUGUCAAUGUCAGCCGCGACCGCUCCACUGGCGAACACCUUGUUUCGUUCAUAACGCGAAGCUUAGAAAACCCUCGUGAAUGGGACCAGCUUGUGAUCACCCUUAGAGCACAAUAUCUAGCUGUCUGCACAGGGCUCCACGUACUCCCCCAAUUUCCUAAAAUCGACGGUAUUGAGCAUGUUGUUAAGAACCAGUCAGUCAAACAAGGUUCGGGAAAGCCGGUGUUUCACUCCCACGAAUACAAGAAUCGAACCCAACUUGCGGGGAAGCGUGUGAUGAUUCUUGGAACUGGCGAGACGGGUAUGGACCUUGCAUAUGAGGCGGCCAAAGCUGGGGCCAAGGAGGUGGUGUUGUGUACACGAGGAGGAUUUUUAUCCAUUCCUCACGCAUUGAACAAUUUUGAAAUUUUUGGGCAGAAAUUCGAUGCCGAAAAGAAGGUACCCAUAGACUGCCUCAUAACGAACCUUGCCGAAACUGCCUAUGUUCAUCCCUGGAUAGCCAGCUCGCAUGUUCGAUGGUUCAUAUCGGACUUUGUCAUUAAGCGCGUCCUGUGGGUUCUCACGGGCACUCAGGCUGGCUGUAAUCAAUGGGUGGGCCAACUAGAACCGCACAGACUUGGGCGUGCCUAUGUGUUUCUAAACAAGUCACACAAAGCUAUGCCAUAUCUGAAUCGACCGUAUCGGGAACGACCUGUAUUUCUGGACCGCAUUGCUCGAUAUAUUGAUCCGCCCGAGGACUCGCCUCCGCAGACGGAUUUCGUUGUUGACUUGGCGCCAUUUCCCUCUCAUUUCCUUCCCGAUGGUCGAGCCAUCUUCCCUCAUCUCCCGAAACGAAAAGAUUAUCUUCGAAUGAAGGGACGGGAGGUUCGCCCCGAGGUGGUAAUAUACGCAACAGGUUAUACACAGGAGUUUGCUUUCUUCGACAAGGAUAGCGGAUACGCCACGCCUGAAGAAGCAAAUAUUCGAAACAUUGCCCGUGAAGGAGAUGAAAGCGUUGGUUUCAUUGGGUUUGUCAGACCCGGUGUCGGAGCAAUACCUCCCAUUGCGGAAAUGCAGACCUUCUUCUGGAUAUCACUUAUUAAAGGUCAGGUGCGAAGGCCUCUGCCACCACCGCAUUACCACUUGCUUGUUGAGGACACCGCGCGUAUCAAAUAUGGUGUCGAUCAUUCCACGUAUAUGAGUACUCUCGCGAAAGACAUUGGUGCGGCUCCAGGUCUUUGGCAACUUUGGCAAUUAUACGGGACACAUGUCCUGGUAUGCUAUUGCUUCGGUGCGGCGUUCACCUCAUUCUAUCGCUUGGUAGGCCCGUACAAAUCUGCUUCUUCGCCGGAGGUAAUACGAACGGAAAUUUGGGAUACGAUCACACGGCGCGGUAUUCUCGGGAACGUGAUUAUGGGGGUUAUACCUAUGGCAUUCUACUUGACGCUUAAUACCCUUGCUUUUGGGGCAGGGCUGGUAUAUUCGCUUUUUGGGGGAUGCAUCGAAUAAGUAUAGAGGUCUUAUUUUCUCUUUUCUUUUUACAGUACACUAGGCCUUACUUGGAGACCAUACACUCAUUCCCUAACAACGUU